GUGUCCAGCAGUCUGUAGGCUAGUUUAAUUCGAUCAAGCUGCCAGGUAGUCCAGCUUCCACUCUUUGCAUUCUGUCGCACUCCCACCGCUCCACCUUGCGGAUCGCCUCGACAAUGGGGAACUCGACUAGCCAACCAAUCGCAUGCGCAGCCGUUCUUGACCCAGGGGGGUUCCAAGCAUGCCUCGAGCGCGAUGAGAUGCAGGACGCCAUGGCCGCGGCUCUUCGUGAGAUGCCGUUGGCCAGCCUUCAACGCCUUCAACACGCACUGGAUCAGGCGCGCGCAACGCAAGGGGACGAGCAUGUGCUUCGCUCUUGGGAACAGGCGCCUGACAAAUUCUUCGACUGCAUCGGCAUUACGCCCCGGCCACGCGACUAUGCCUUGGCGUUGGUGAAGAUCAUUGAACAUCUCGACAGUCGGGGGAAGCUCCUCAAGCCCGAGCGCGUACAGCGUCGAGUCGCGCUGUAUCUCGUCCGCCUGUUGAGGCGUCUGUAUCCGGAAGUCAAAACAGAAAAACUAGACAGAAUCCACUCUAAAGCAAAACGCUACGAGCUCCUUGUCGACACAUUCGGGAUGCGGUGCCUCUUGGACCUAGACGAUGAGAUCGAGCAGGUCAUGUAAGCGAGAUAGUCCUCAGACCGAAACUCACCACUAAUGCAGAUGCAGUCUCGAGAAUUAUAGGAAAGAGGGCGACUUCAACCAAGCAUUCGAGCGUCUGAGGGCCAAGAACUUCUGCGCGGACAAUCAACUUCUUGAACCCAUCUUUGAGCGGGUCGUAAAGUGUGAAACAGACGGGAUGAAGAAGUUUUACGGAGACAGAACUAUGCC